UUUCUAAUUGUUCUCAGUUAUGUCACUGAUAACCGCAAUCACGCUUUAUCACUCGAUCAACCUUCUCAACUCACUUCACUAUUUAAAGAUCGACACAAAAAUACUCACCGUAGUACUCGCUGUUAACUCCAUCUAAAAUUGUGAUCUACUUAAAAUUCUGAAACGUGUCAGCCAUGUCAUCCAAGUGCAUAGAACCCGAAAAACUCUACUCCAGAGACCCCAAACUGACAAAACAAGACGUAGAAAUCAUCAAAGAAUGGUUGAAAAAGCAGCCACAUUUACCAGAAUUGCACGAAACACAAAUUCUUCUGUCCCUCCACAGCUGCUACUACCAAAUCGAAGCAGCCAAAACCGCCAUCGACAACUACUUCACCGUAAGAAACCUUUGCCCUGAAAUUUUCACAGCCCUUAAACCCGACGUGUUGAAAAUCACUUCGCCGGUGGUGUUUACUGGUGUUUUACCAAAGAGAACUCCUGAUGGUUGUGGAAUCCUCAUGUUCAAACUACUUGAUACAAAAACGGACAGCUUCAACUGUGCUAAUAUUAUAAAUCUGAUUAAUAUGGUUAGUGUGCUGUAUUUGCACCUGAAUGGGGCUGACACUGGAGUGGUGGCCUUGUUUGACAUGAAAGGGUUCUCACUAGGGCAUCUGACAAGACUGAACGUGAACCCCAUCAAGCACGCCCUUUGUCUAGUCCAAGAAGGAACUCCUGUCAGGAUCAAAGGAAUACACGUGAUGAAUGCCAGCCCUUUGAUUGACAAAAUCAUGGCCCUAAUCAAACCCUUCUUGAAAACCGAAAUUUACAACCUGCUGCAAUUCCACACUCCUAAUUCGGACACCCUGUAUAAGAGUGUGCCGAAGGAGUGUUUGCCCGAAGAGUACGGAGGUGCGCAGCCGUCCAGUCAAACUAUGAACGAGCAAAAUAUGAAGAAUAUUUUGGACAACUAUGAUUUGUUGGAAUGGCACGAGGGUCAGAAGGUGGACGAAAAGAAACGAAUGGGGAAAUCCAAACUGGCCAACGAUGUUUUUGGAGUUGAAGGCACCUUCAAGAAACUUGAAAUUGAUUGAUAAAAAAGUUCAUAGUGUCAAGUAGGUACUGUUAUUGAAACAAUGAUAUCAGAUUAAGAUCGAGUGUUUUUUAUUGACAAUAUAUACAUCGGAAGCA